AUGAGUGUCGUGGUAGAGUACUACUGGACUGUGAGAUAUGUCUCCCUACACUCCCUCCCCCUUUCCCACCCGCAUCACCACCACCACCACCGGUUCUCCAGUAUACCAUACCGUAACACAAAAAUCAAAUACCAUCCAUCCUCCCCCCUACCUCCUAUCCCCUACCUUUUCCCCUACCUCUUUCCCUACCUCUUCCCCUACCUCUUCCCCUACCUUUUCCCCUACCUCUUUCCCUACCUCUUCCCCUACCUCUUCCCCUACCAUUUUUUUCCUAAAGAAGAAAAAGUGAUCUCCCGUCAACUUGCCAGACGAUUGAUGGAUGAACUGCCAAACAGAUCACCAGGGGGGGGGUUGACCUAUUCAAGGUCCUCGUCGGAGAAUGGAAAGGGCCAAGACGGGAUAGACGUUGUGGCAUGUUGCUAG